UCCUGUCAGAAAGAGUGUUCUCAAUCAGUAACAAUAAAAACGUGAGCUCCAGGGCUGGUUCCUCUCUUAGAGAAUUGAAGCCAAAAAAAGAACUUGACGUAAGCAGUUACAAAAGUAUAUAUAUGUUCCAAGUGGAAGCAAAGCAACACACACAAGUCGAAGAGCAAAUAACUGCCUAGCAAGGAUCUUAAAGAACAUAUUUGUUGCAAGAUUUAUUCAACUAUCUGAGGAACUGGUAAUCUUAACCUAUAGGAAGUGUUGUUUGAAAUAAUUACUCUGAUUUCACUGUGACAGUGCAGAAGAGGAAAGAAAAAAAGGGAGGGAAGCGGAAAGAAGACUAGCUGAGCAGCAGAAAGGAAAGAGUUUUACCUUACUCCUGAUUCUGAGUUUAUCCUCAUGGCUAUGCUAUGGUCUGGAAAAAUUCCAAGCUCUGAGAAAUGGAAACAGAACAGGUGGGUUAAAAAAUUAGGAAUGCUUAGUAACUCCUUCUAUUUUAAACUCAUCCUUAAACUCCAAAAGAGAAAAAUAUCAGAGAGAAAAAGGAACUGAAUUAUGAUUUUAUUAAAUAGAAUGUAAACAGUCAUUUGAAAACAAAGGGCAAUGCAAAUUGUUGUGUAGUCACACAACAUUCCUCUUGGAUUUGAAGUUCACCAGCAGCAGUUCCACCCCUUUUGAAAGUACAGCCUGACGUCUGGGCUGUUCAGCCUGAGCAGCUGCUGGAGCUACAAAGCCUGUUUUCAUCCUCUGCCAGGAUGGGAGUGAUAUGGCUUCCCAACCCAUCCAGGAUCCUGUGUUUUUCCUUUCAUAUUGCCCUCCUUCUGCUUCAACAGACUACUGCAGAAAGAGAACUGAAGUUUGUGGUUGCAGUUUUCCGACAUGGUGAUCGAACACCAGUUGUAAAUUUUCCAACUGAUCUACACAAGGAAAGUGAAUGGCCCCAGGGAUUUGGACAACUUACCAAGACUGGAAUGCAACAGCUAUAUGAACUUGGACAAUACAUGAGGGAAAGAUAUUCCGGCUUUCUGAACAGCACAUACAACCGGCAAGAGUUUUACAUCCAAAGUACAGAUUAUGACCGCACCAUUAUGAGUGCCCAGUCAUACCUUUCUGGCCUCUUUCCACCAACUAGCAGCCAAAUUUGGAACCCUGAGCUUCUCUGGCAACCCAUUCCAGUUCAUGUUAUUCAAAAAUCAACAGAUCGGAGGCUGCAUUUUCCUCUGCGUGACUGUCCCCGUUUUGAUGAACUUCAGAAUGAAACACAAACAUCAAGUGAAUUUCAAAGGAGAAUACAACCAUACAUGGAUUUUAUACAAACGAUGGCAGUUAACACAGGACUUGAACUAAAUCAUCUUAAAAUACUGGAUAAUUUCCAGCUCUGGAAUACAUACGACACUCUUCACUGCGAGGGUAUUCACAAUUUCACUCUCCCUGUAUGGGCUACCAAAGAUGUAAUCAACAAGAUGGAAGAACUGGCAGAAUUGUCCUUAUUAUCACUAUUUGGGAUUUAUAAGACAGAAGAGAAAUCACGACUGCAAGGAGGUGUCCUUGUGAAUAUUAUUUUAAAUAGUAUUAAGCAAGCUGCCAAUUCUUCAAAACAAAGAAAAAUGGAGGUCUACUCUGCACAUGACACCACAGUUGGGGCCCUCCAGAUUGCUCUCAAUAUUUUCAAUGGAAAACUGCCACCAUAUGCUGCUUGCCAGUUCUUUGAACUCUACCAAGAAAGUAGUGGGCGGUACAGUAUUGAAAUGCAUUAUCGGAACGACUCCUCAAAGGCUCCUUACCCACUGACCCUGCCAGGAUGCACCUCUUCUUGUCCACUUGAGAAGUUUGCUGAACUAGUUUCUCCUGUGAUUACAGAAAACUGGUCAAAAGAAUGUGGGAAUAGAGACAAAAUGAAAGAUAUUUUCAUUGGCUUUGACGUUGCUGUUGGCUUGUUGUUCAUCUUUGACCUUGUGCUGCUCUACCUCCUUUAUCAUUAUGGACGCUGCAGGCGCAGAAACAACUACCAAGACAUUUAAAGGGGAGGUAAAGAAGUGAAAGAGAGAGCAGAAAUCCUUUAAGUUCAUUAUAUCCCUCAGUUUGCUGUGGCCAAAUUAAUCUCCAAAGCAUAUUCCAAAAGUCUGAAGAGCUGAGGUAUCUGUGGCCUAACUCCUAAACCACUAAACA